AUUGUUUUGAAAAUAUUUUGAAAAUCCAUGUUUUUGCUAAAACAUGACAAAAUAAUAUGAAUUCCUGAAUAAUACACGGUUUCAUUAAGUGUGUGAUAAGCAUUUGGAGUGAAAUAAACCACUUUAGGGCGCAGGUUGCUGUCACUCUAGGCUCAGCUUCACACCUUAAAAACUUGUUUUAUACCACCAACACAGAAGCGAUUCAUACGCAGAAGUCGUAGAUGCAACUUACAAAUUGCGAUACAUACAUACAUAUGUAUGCACCUGGAUUGGAUUCUUAGAGUGGACUAUUUAAAUGCUAUAGCUUUAUUCUGAAAGCUCCUAAAAGCGCCGAUUAAAAUGGCGCCUGAUCAAAUUAAGAUUCCGUUGUGCAAUAUGCCAGGCAAAAUGAACGAUCGCGAUCGCAUACGAGAUCCCCGCGAGGAGAUCCUACUCGAGACGAACUUUGAAGAUGACGGUGGUGUGCUAACGCGUGCCUACAAUAACAAUCCCUACAAUGGGGGCAACGUACAAAAUCGACGACGCCCCUCCUACCGAUCGGAACACUCCUUGGAUAGGUACACAGAGCGUGGCGGCGAAGGUGAAUGCUGUCAAUCAUGCAUGGCGCGUAUCCCCUACGCCACCAUGAUAGCCACUCUCAUGUGUCUCCUGGGAGUGGGCAUCUUCUGCUUCACCAUGUACCGAGGAGCAUCGCUCACAGUCAUAAUGGUGGACCAAGUAUUUCACUUACGUUUGAUAUGGAUCGAAGCUGUGCAGAUGAUAUUUGUCAUAAUUGGAGCUGGCAUGGCAGCCCUCGGAUUUAUGAUACUCUUUGUUGGCUUCCUGGCCACUGGCGCCACGCGGUAUAAGGUAUAUAGAGCCUGGCGGUCCCGCGUUGGAGGCCGGAUCUCCUGCGCCGUACUUAUGGGCAUCACGUACCUACUCAAUUUCGUGUGGAGUCUUAUUCUUUGCUUCCUGGUUGUUGUCACCUUCAUAUACACCAUGUUCUGGAACAUGUGCUCCAGUGUCGAGCACUCUCAAAGCUGUAUAGAUUUGACACAAUUCCAUUUUAUGUUCCCACCAAACACCAAACUCGAGGACAUGAAAGUGUGCGAAAAGUAUGAGAUCAAGGCAUUCUGUAAAGAUGGUGUUGAGAACGCUGAGGUUAUGUUCAUACUGGCCACGCUCUCCACCCUUUUGGUCAUUCUCAGUCUGGUUCAUUAUCUGAUGUGCCUUUCGGCCAACUAUGCGCACAUACGGGAUCACGAAAAGUUCCAAGAGCUGCAGGAAAUGCAAAACCUCAACGAGCUGGAGUACAGUGCUACGUCCAAGGAUCGUUUCUAGGACAUAUUUCAGAAGAUUCAAUUUGAGCUUAAAGAGAAAACGAGCGACAUUUGAGGGCAACAUUUUGGCAAACUCUACAACGAACACAGCACUAGUGCAAUGCUGCCAACACAAUACAAUUAAGAUCUUCUGUUUAGACCUAAUAUUAAGACUACAAUUUUAGUUUUUCUUUUUAAAUUCAUUUGAUGAGUUAUUGGCAAUCAUUUGGAAUUGGUUCGACGACAGUUGCAUGGCCAAGCAAUUAAUUCGAAAUAUAACUAAUUGCUAAUUUA